CGCGGGAUUCCUGGACACAGGAAAGUUUUCAGUUUCAGUGCUUCAACCCGGUCGACCCCGUCAGCCCCAUUUAUUAUAUAUUAUUAUUAUUAUUAUUUUUAUGAAAUAUUAUUUUAUUGUUAUUGUUUCUCUCCUCUUCUGUUGCCCUCCCCGUCCCGACGUCUCCUAUCCCUGUGCUUUUCCCCGUUUCUUGGUUUAUUAUUGUUGUUAUUACUAUAGUUAUUCUUAAUUAUUAUUUUAUUCUUCUUACUCUUCAUCCCUUUUGUUUUCCUCCCUCUCUCGUCUCCAGUCCAUCAUGCCGUACAACACCCGUCGCAAGUCGUUGUCCCUGCCGUCGCUGGGAAUCCACCUCCCCAGCUCUUCCCGCCGGUCGCCCUCCAUCUCCAAGUCCGCGCACCAGGCAGACGACGCCCAGCUUCCCCCCUCUAAGAGAGUCAAGACGGCGCACGCUUCCUCGCUGUCGCCGGAGCCUCCGUCUUCCGGCAUCAGAUACCCCUGGAAGCCUGUCCGGCCCGGUGCCCGGUCGAAUCUCUACGAACACACGCCGCCACCCUCUCCCACCGACGCUCGCGUCGCACACAAGAUCGACACCGAAGGGAUCAACGAUGACGUGGUUGUUGCCGUCAUCGAGCAACUGGAGAAGACGGGGAACCGCCCUCAUCUCGUCAAGGAACUGGCCGCCAUCCUCAUCACCUUCAACGAGAGUGUCGCCAAUUCCGCAAAUCCAGCCGCCUUCCUCGCCUCGCGACUCACCACCUAUCUGAGGCGUCCCUGGACCGCUCUGGCUCCUUGUCCGUUGGCCAAGGAACUGGUCCCUGUCCAUCCGCGCAAGGUCUACUACUACCUGACUACAACCCCGCGCCAGCCCAUCCCGGAUGCCUCGGAGGAUACGCUUAUCCCCCCUGCAGUCGUUACGCCGAGCGCGUCGAGUGUGGACCAGGAUGAUGCCGACGCCUUGGCUCGGGAGCGCAGCCCCAGCCCCGAGGUAGACCUUUCGUCUCCCGAUUUCGAUGAUGACAGCGCUAGUCAGGGAACCGCGUCGAAACACGCUCCCAGCUUCUCGGUCGAUCAUCGACAUCAUUCCCGUCUAAUACGCUCUCACCAGCGCGCCAACUCCCCACCGCUCGAGCGUGACGAAAGGGAAUUCACGCUGACCGCGAGUGCCGUUCGCGAACGCGCCUCGGAGGCCAAGUCAGUCCGACCAGAAGAACCGGAGAAUGGCGGAAACACCAUCUCCGACACUGCGAUGGACGGAAUUUCCUCUGGAUCGAUGGACGAGGAUCCGCUUUCUUCCGCUAGCGGUGACCGUAUAGUCGAUGGCCAGUACGGCGACUACUUUGCGCACAUGGAUUCCCGGGGUGAGGAUCAGGACCUGGAUGAGGCUGCGGCGGUUGCGCUGUUUGGCACGUCACCGUCGCCAUCGCUGUCUUCCACUGCGUCGUCAGCCUCGUCCAGUCCUAGCAUGGCCCCGGACGCCGAGGACAUUGCCACCCCUGUGGAGAACGGUCCCUCCAAGGGUGUCUCCACUGUCGCACGACCCAUUGCUGUCCCUGGUAUGGAUGUGGACAUGAAAAUGUCCCACCCAAAAUGGGGUGGCAAGCUUUCCUUCGCCUCCCGAGACAUGGACCUCGACUUGGACAUGAUGACUGAAUCCUGGAUAGAGCUGCAAAGCCCGGAAACCGUAGAGGUUGACGAGCUGGACGCGAUGUUCGGGGAAAUCUGAGCAUUUCCCACUGGCCAAUCAUGCUUCAUGCUGAUCCACCCUUUUUUUGUUUUUCUUGGAACCCCUUUUAUUUUUUUGUUAAUUUUCAUUGGCUGGGGUAUCUUGGUCCGGGUUUUUAUUUAUCCGGUAUCCACAGCGGAGUCACGGGUUUGUUUUAGAGGAAUUUUUCUUUCUGUUCGGCGUUCACGUGCCAUCUGGCUUUCACCGCUCUCCUCUCCACGGCAACUUCUGUUCUCUUUCUCUUUUUUUUUUUUUUUUUUUUUUUGUAUAUUCUUGCCAAGCCCUCUUUAUCCACCCACUGUACAUGUCUUUUAAUGCCUCCUUGAUAUGUUCUGCUGACUGAUGCGCUCGAUGUCCUUUUCUUCUCUGUGUAUAUAUAUAUCCUCUUUUCUUUCUUAGCUGAUGUACUAUAUACCUCUUCUUCGGUUGGUUAUUAUCGCUUUUGUUCGUUCUUUUUUAAAGAAAAAAAGUUUGAAAAUCAGUAUUAAUGCAAUUGUUCCGGAGUGCAAAUGCGGAGGCUGUUGCUCUUGGUUAUGUUAAUUAUGCUUUGAUGCGAGUUAUGGCUUUUAAGACUACAGAAUGAAACGUUCAAUGCAAUUGAUAUACACUAGACAUAUGUAAAAAGGAUAUCU